AGCAGCCCUUCCUGCAAGUCGUCGGCGCAGAAGACCAGCACACCGAUGCUGAGACGGACGGCCACCGCCCCGCCUCGGCCACGUCCUCUCUCGAUCCCUACUACUUCGGCGUGCACAGCCCAUCCGAGUCGCCAAUCCCUCCCGUCCCCAGCCUACCCAAGACUCCCGAAAUGCACUCCUACCUGCACCGUGAUCCUGUGACGCCCGGAAGGGACCCUGCAGCGAUCGACAGGCGCACUCUGGUCGGGGUGGGUGAACUUGCUACCCCUCGCUGGGCGCGGGGAGCGCGUAACGACGACUCCGAAUUCGUUCCCCAAGAGCAUGUGGAGGAGGUGCAAGAGGAGGAGGGAGUAGAUGGGGAAGGGUUUGACGAUACUCAGGAACCGGAUCACCCCGACAGCCCGUGGACGAUUGAGGCUGUGGACGGGGAGCAGGAUGAGCAGGACGAGCUCAUGGAUGUCAAGCCUCUCACUCGCCCCCUGCGCAGUCGACGAUCAGUCGCAGAUGAGAGUGGUGGCGAAGAAAUCCUGUAUCCUCGCCAUCCGCACCUGCACGCUGAUGACGCCCCGCCACCUCCCCAGCUGCCUACUCACCCCACCGAGGCUCUAGCGGCUGCUGCGUUAGAUUCUCCCUCCGACAACACGUCACCACCCAGUGCGUUCGCGUCUCCUGCGAAUCGCGCGAGGAAGCGUACCUCGGAGGAGUUUGAGCUGGACCAUACUGGCGCGCUGGUGUCGAAGCAUUCCUCAAACGCAACGCCAGGAACAGGGAAGGAGAAGGAUAAGGUCCGGAGGCACAGGAGCCUGGGUGUCGGUAUGCCUGCGCCGGUCACGCCCAAGGACAAGGUCAAGGAGCGCAGGAGGGACACGCUGUCUCUCAGCGUACGGCAUUCGCGUCAGACCUCCGGCGGUGGCUCGUCGUCAUCGAGCCACGGCGAGCCCCUCCUGGCGCGGCGCAUGCACAACUCCGACUUCUCACACCUUCCUCCGUCGCCGUCAUCGUCGUCGAUCCAGCAGUUUCUCAAGCAGGGCGGGAACACCAGUAGUUCCGCAUCGUCACCCCUCCACACGCAGCCGCACUUGCCGCACAACGUCGCCCAUUCGUUGCUGCGCGGCACGCAAGAGGGCUGGUCCGAUUUAGACGAUCAAACGACCAUGGAGGCGCUCAGGAAGCUGGACGGGCUGUCCAGCAAGACUGCACGUGCCCGGUCUAGCAUCGGGGGUCACAGCAGGGUCGGUAGCUCCAGCCGACCAAGUACUCCUGCCAAAGCCUCCACGACGACUCAGUGGGAAGGUAUCGAGGGCGGGCGCAGCAGCAAGCGUUCCAGCAUGCAUGCGUCGCUCAGUGGGAAGGAGAAGUCCAGAGACAGUGCUCACCGUCAGACUAUCGGCCUUGGGCUUUCAACGGACGGCGUCGUAGAUUCGGACUACGUCGUCACUAGCGGCGACGACAUGCAGCAUGGUUCUCCGCCGCCGGAGAAAUCGACGAAGAAGACGGGGACAGCGAGUGCUCGGUCGAGCUUCACACCCAAGCGGGGCUCCAGCUCUUCGGGUACUUAUGCCAGUGCCAGCACCCCGGCGACGAGUUCGCGCGACUCUGCCUCGUUGUCCGUAGCCACGAGCGCUACCUCCGUCUCCGCAGCAUCCGGCCGGCAGUCUUCUGGGAAGGCCAGGAGGAACAGUGCAGGCAGCGACAUCUCGGUGGGGCACUCUAGUGAAGGGGCGCCCAUGCGUGACCGCGCCUCCUCGCAUGUCGCCCCCGUCGACUCUGGAGAGGAAAGCUACGUCCCGCCAGUCCCGCCGCUCCCCAAGGAACUCUCGACGUUCAAGUCGCCUCUGGCGUCUCCCGGCAUUGCCAUUCCUGUCGAGUAUAAUGAAGCCCCAGCCCCAGUCCCGGACAGGAGCAGGAGGGAGACCUUCAAUGACGUGACUUUCCCCUCCACUCUCGACGUGCCCCCCUUUCCAACGACCCCGUCCAAACACAGCUCCCUCCAGGUGCCCAAGUCGACAACGCCAACGAACAUUCACAAGACACCCUCCAAGAAAUGGAGCUUUUCGGGUGCGCUGGGCAAGAAGCUGUCGUCCACGCCGUCCACGUCGUCUAUGCGAGAUGCGGCUGCGCCCAAGUCGCCGGGAAUGCCCGUGAGCCCGCGGACAAUGUCAUUCGGGCAGCAGAUCCGCAAGUCUAUGUCGAGGGAAAAGCCAUUGUCGUCCCCUGCGCCAAAGCGCUCCACAGAAGGCUGGUCGCCUGUUCAUUCAGACGCUAUGGCCUCAGCCACCUCUUUGGCCUCUUUAUCUUCUAUGGGCUCUGCCCGCGUGCCCGGCUCUCCAAGUAACCCUGUUCCGCCGUCUAUCACUACUUCCAAGACGCCGGAUCGUCUAGUGGCGAGCCGCACUGAGACUGCUUCAAGCGCGAGCACCAACGUUCCUCCACCGCUGCCACAGAACGCACCGCUCAGCCCUUCGGGUUCUGUUCGCCGCAAUCCGUCGACCAAGCGGCUCACGCCAUCGUCGAUUCCUUUCUUCAGGCGGUCGUCCUCGCAGUCUAUGCAAGUGCCGCCUCAGAGCGUGCCCUCUUCGUCCGUCUCACCCACACUUUCGUCCGGGCCGCAAUCGACAACUCACCUGCGUGCUCCUAGUGCGCUCUCGCCCACAAAGGAGACGAGCCUGUCGUCUCCCGUAGUGCCUGGAUCGGCGAAGAAGUCCUCGGUGUUGAGCCUUGGCCUGCCGUCGUUGCUGAAAGGUUCAAGUUCGAGACGCAGCUUACAUUCGGACAAAGAGAAAAGCGACGCGAAGAGCAGUCGCGACACCGCUGCUUCUUCAUCCGACAGAGAGAAGCAGAGGAAGGACGACAAGGAUCGCAGCGAGAGUAGGAUCUCGGUCUUGAUGGGCAGGAAGAGGGGAAAGACCCUAUCCUCUACUCAGCAAUCGCCUAAGAAGCCGGAGCCUGUAGCCAUGCCCCCGAUGCAGAUGUCAGCCCUGCCUCCGUCCACCGCUCAGCGUGUGGCCAACCUCAAGACCUCGUCGUCGUCGUCCUUGGCGUCAACGAACGGUAGCGUGAGGGCCGGCUCGCGGGCUACGUCACAGACCAUGAGCUCGAUGCAAAAGCUUUCGGACACGUCUCUCCGCCGCCACCAACCGCUUCCGACCAUCGCCGGCUCUCCCUCGGUCGGUGGUAGCCUGCAACCCGUCGUGCGCGACGCCAAGGAGGGUCCUCCUAUUGCCGCGCUGAACACCUCGGGCGUGCUCUCGAAGGAAACUCCCACCAAGAUUCCCAGGAUCUCCAGCCGAUCGUCCGCCGCCAACUCGCCCACGCUCAAGGGUAACGGCGGAAGUCGGCGCGCGAGCAUAAUCGUGGGCACGUCCAGUGGCCUUGCGUCUUCGCGUGGAGCCUCCCCAAGUGGUGGGAAUGACACGAUGAACGAGUUUGGCGUGUUGGAGAACGACCAAGUCUCGAGCAUCAAGGCCACCCCCUCCACACAACGUCACUCUGUCAGGGCCUCUCCGUCAACGACCUCCCGGGUGCCCCGCCAGGUUUCUACGACCGCGACGACCAAUGGUACGACCAUCCCCCGCAAGAACCGCGAGUCCAUGUCGUUCGGCCUCCGCAAGUCCUCCACUAGCUCUGUCGCGUCCACGUCCUCCAUUGCCCAUCAUGACCAGCCGCAGCAAAGUCACUCCCACCACCGCUUCUCGGCAUUGUCGCCUUCGAAGGGUCUCAAGCUCCUCAGCCCGAAGAUGUCCCUGCCCACUGCUCGAUCGAGCAACAACAACUCGUCGUCGACCCCGAGCAUCCAGCAGACGAUCAUCGGAUCUCCGUCUACGAGCAGACAGUCAUUCUCCACGCCGUCGCCCGCGCCCAGCUCAGUUGAUGAGGAGGAGCUACAGGGUGACGAGGAAAUGAUGCAGUACAUAAAGAGGCAACAGGCGAAGAAGCUGCAGACCGGCUCAAAGCAAGAGGAUCUCGAUGCACUGCUCCGGUUCCCGGAGCCGAUACCGCCCGCCGCUGCACUGUCUCCACAAGCCGUCUUGAACAGCGAUCAGAUACGCUGGCUGUCCGAGUACGAGCGCAAGGAGAUCCUGGAGAGCGACGAGGUCUUUUACAUCGGCGCGCGGAGCGACAAGAAGAUGGCGACGCUGGACAACACGACGAACAACUACGGCUACGACGACGAGCGCGGGGACUACCUGGUGGUCGAACACGACCACCUGUCCUUCCGCUACGAAGUUAUGGGCACCCUCGGCAAGGGCUCGUUUGGACAGGUACUCCACUGUCGCGACCACGGCACUGGGGAGUCGGUGGCUAUCAAGAUCAUUCGCAACAAGAAGCGCUUCCACCACCAGGCUUUGGUCGAGAUCAAGAUCCUCGACAACCUGCGGAAAUGGGACGCGGAGGAAAAGCACCAUGUCAUCAAGAUGACGGAGCACUUCUACUUCCGUGGCCAUCUGUGCAUCGCGAUGGAGCUCCUGAGCAUCAACCUCUACGAGCUGAUUAAGGCCAACAACUUCCACGGGUUUACGACUGCUCUUAUCCGUCGCUUCACGAGCCAGAUGUUGCAGUCGUUAGCCCUCAUGCGUCACCAUCGCAUCGUGCAUUGCGAUCUGAAGCCUGAGAACGUUCUCCUUCGUCAUCCUGCCAAGAGCGCCAUCAAGGUUAUCGAUUUUGGUAGCAGCUGUUUCGAACACGAGAAAAUCUACACAUACAUCCAGAGUCGUUUCUACCGGUCACCCGAAGUUAUCCUCGGCAUGAACUAUCAUAUGGCUAUCGACAUGUGGAGCUUGGGCUGCAUCAUGGCGGAGCUGUACACGGGCUUCCCCAUCUUCCCCGGUGAGAACGAGCAAGAACAGCUUGCUUGCAUCAUGGAAGUUUUGGGGAUCCCAGACAAAGAGUUCAUUAACCGCAGCUCACGCAAAAGGCUCUUCUUCGCAGACACGACCGGCGCUCCUCGACCUGUCGUCAACUCGAAGGGCAAGAGGCGACGCCCUGGCACCAAAACCUUGGCGCAGGCGCUGAAGAACCCCGGCGACGACCUCUUCGUUGACUUCAUCUCGAAGUGCCUCAUUUGGGACCCUGAACGCCGCCUGAAGCCUCAGGCGGCACUUCGGCAUCCGUACAUUACUGCUGGCAGGCGAUCGAAGGUCCCCAACCCCUCACCAAGUACGGCGAAGGCGCUCCUGCAGUCUGCAUCGUCGAACCUGGGGAGCCGCAGCACGAAGGUCACGGAGACCCCGAAGAAGUCCAUGAUCAGCGCGCCCACGCCCCUCACCGCACGCAGUGCCCGGACGUCGGGGGUGCCGACCACUCCCAGCCAGUCGACGAGCAUGCACGGUAAUACCCUGGGCUCCACUUCGCGGUCAUACCGGUCGUCGCAAGCACAGUCCAUCUCAUCAUCAUACCAUUCAAGCCGUACCAUGGUAAGCCGGUUCGCGCAGCCCUAA